AUGCGUCAGCAAGAACCAAUCAGAAUUCAAGAAGGUUUUCUGACGUCAAGAUGCAACCACGUCCCGCAAGGACUAGAGGGGCAACCAAUGGGAAGCGGGUUAGGAAUUGCUUGUGACAGAAAACCAUUGGUUUUUGUUAUAUCACAUUCCAAUAAUGUGCACCUUAACGGCUUGAACUUUGAGAACAGUCCACAAAAGCACAUUAUAAUUAAAAGUCCAUCACGGGUGUAUGACUCUCACCUCACCAUUGGAGCUCCUGAGCAUAGCCCCAACAUUGAUGGAAUUCACGUUCAACAGUCCUCAGAUGUGUUUAUAGAUCAAACUCGCAUUGGAACAGGUGAUGACUGCAUCUCAAUCGGUGACGGUGGGGAAGGAGAGUUCAAUACGGUGGCAUUCGUUUAUGUUGCCACUGUUGAGUUUACAGGAACACAGAAUGGAACAUCAGCUGUGGCAAUUAGCAAUGUCAUGGAUAAUGGACUGUAUGGAACAUCAAGUCGAGAAACUGGAGUGUUAUUUGCAUGUAGCACAACAAUUCCAUGCACAAAUAUUGUUAUGAAAAACAUUCAUUUAGAGUCCAGUAAAGAGGGCAAGGAAAUAUCAGCAUACUGUCUCAAUGUUCAAGGACUUGCAAAUAGCCAAGUCUCCCCAACAGUGCCUUGUUUAUUUCUAGAUGAGUCUUUGUAG